AUGUUCGUGGAGAGGUUCGAGGGGACGACCGCCGCCAUCCGGGGAAGAACAGGAGCAAACACGUCACCUCUCGGAGGUGCGAAAGUCGAUGUCUGCGCCGACAGUUCAUCUCCGAGCCAUGGCUGGCGCGUACCUCAUGUUGCCCGAGGUGGUUGGCAUCGCCUCCAGGUUCGCCUCCGCCUCCCUGACGGACCGCCUGCUCCUGCAGGAGGGCCGCGUGUCGUUGCUCAGGGUCAGACGGGCGUCGUCGAGCCUGGCCUUUGUUGGCCAGGGCGUGGCCAUGCUGACGGCCGUGCACCAGACACACCCUCGGCGUGCGUGUUUGCGCUGACGCUUGCGGCGGCGUCGCAGGGCGUGCACAGCUGCGGCUUCAAGGCAAACUACCUGGACCUGACGAGUGCUCACAGCGGUGCUCUUGCAGGGAUCGGCAACACGUUUGCGUCCAUCGCGUCCGCGGCAGGUCCGGUGAUCACAUCGGCAGCCCUCGCGCGUGCCCCCGGGGAUUGGGAGAGUUUAUUCGGUGGUCUGUUCAUGCUGAACGUCUCUGGCGCCGCUGUCGUGCUCCUGUGGCUGUGCGUUGAGAACCUCGACACCCGUCGUAAACCCAGCGAGGACGGCAAGGACGCUACGUCUGUCGUUUGGAGUUUCUCAAGCUUGUUUGGCUUCAGCUUGAGCAGAAGUUCACCGUAG